AUGUCAGCGAUCAGUCUAUAUAGAAAUUUACUCAGAGAAUUCAGCAAAAGUACACCAAAAGGAGAGCGUAAUGGUCAGAUAUUCGGCCAUCUAAGAACUUUAUUCAUUUCUUCCACACACUCACAAGAAGAUAUGCAAAAUAUGGUAGAAUUCCUUAAAGCAUCUAGAAACCACAAAGAUCUCCUUAAACGCUACAAUCCACUAUCAGAUCAGACUCCUGAGGAGAGAGUCAAAGCCACCGCACGUAGAGUUGGUUUAGAUGUACCAAAGACUGUAUAA